CAGUUGUCUUUAAUAAGCGUCAAACUAGGCAGCAUUUUUUUUUAUAUGUACGUGUAUGCUCAUGGUAUUGAUUUUCGUUUAUUAAAAGAAAACUUUUUGUGGCGGAUAAUAUAAAUUAAAUUGAGAAGAAAAGUAUGGCCGAUUCAUCGACUUCUGUAAAUGUUAAUGAUAAAAUGACUAAUCUGCUUAAGGAAGCAGAAAAUUUAAAAAAUAAGCUCGAAGAAGAGCGGCAAAAAUUAAACGAUAUUAGUUUAUCGAGUGUAGCGGACCGUUUGGAGCAAAUAGCUUUCGUUAAUAUCAAACCACGCAAGAUACUUAAAGGUCAUCAGGCCAAGGUGCUAUGCACUGACUGGAGCCCCGAUAAACGUCACAUUAUCUCUUCGUCACAGGAUGGUCGUUUGAUUAUCUGGGAUGCGUUUACAACGAAUAAAGAACAUGCUGUAACCAUGCCUACCACUUGGAUAAUGGCUUGUGCUUAUGCGCCUUCUGGAAAUUAUGUGGCUUGUGGUGGCUUGGAUAAUAAGGUCACUGUCUAUCCCAUAACAUCCGACGAAGAUAUGGCUGCCAAAAAACGGACCGUGGGCACACAUACAAGCUAUAUGUCAUGCUGUACUUAUCCAAAUUCCGAUCAACAAAUAUUAACCGGAAGUGGUGAUUCGACUUGCGCUUUAUGGGAUGUUGAAUCUGGGCAAUUAUUGCAAAGCUUCCACGGUCAUUCGGGUGAUGUAAUGGCUAUCGAUUUGGCUCCAAACGAGACGGGUAAUACGUUUGUAUCUGGUAGUUGUGAUCGAAUGGCAUUUAUUUGGGACAUGCGUUCUGGACAAGUCGUACAAUCGUUUGAAGGCCAUCAGUCGGAUGUUAAUAGCGUUAAGUUUCAUCCAUGUGGUGAUGCCAUUGCUACUGGAUCUGAUGACAGUAGUUGUCGUUUGUUUGAUAUGCGAGCAGAUCGUGAAGUGGCAGUUUUUGCUAAAGAAAGUAUCAUUUUUGGUGUCAACUCCGUUGAUUUCUCAGUAAGCGGUCGCUUAUUAUUCGCGGGUUAUAAUGACUAUACCGUUAACUUAUGGGAUACCCUAAAAUCGGAGCGCAUUUGCUUAUUAUACGGUCAUGAGAAUAAAGUGUCUUGUGUACAAGUAUCACCCGAUGGUACAGCCCUGUCUACGGGCAGUUGGGAUUAUACAAUACGUGUUUGGGCUUAAGUUUAACAAAAAUUUCCUGCCAAAGUCCAUUAAACACAUAUGGAGGCUUAUGGUGCUUGUGAAUUGACAGUUUUGGUUUGAACGGUUUCAAAGUCGCGAUUUUGAUGUCGACGAUAAAGAGAACGGCCUUGGGGACCAAAAAUAGUUCGAAAACAAUGACUUGCAAGACUUACUGGACAAAAAACUUUCGAACAGCUGAGCAGUUAAUGACUCAACUGUCUCUAGACGUGUCUAGAUGCGAUGGGAAAGAUCCAAGGGAAUGGAAAAUGGCAACCACAUGAAUUGACUGAAAAUGCCAUUCCCGUUUGCCAUCGUUUCAACAACGCAGUUUCAUUGCUUGCCAGUAAAAACGAAAGUGCGCGACCACUACAACAAUCCCAAGUGCAAAAAGCUAUGGAUUAGUUCCAGAGUGCCAUCCACAUUCGACAUCACAGUGGAAUAAUCAUAGCAAUAAAGUCUUGCUGUGCAUAUGAUGGCAUCAGCAAAGUAUAUGGUAAUACGAGCUGAUAAAACUGAAUGAAACUAUUAACGUAGAUGUGCACCGACGUCGGUUGAACAAAUUGAACGACGUAUUACUGCAAAAAGGACCAAAAAUUGCGAUUAGUAGGCGCAAAGUCGUCGUCCUGCAUGACAACGCUCGGACACACGUUACUGGGGCUAUCAAGGAUACACUGUUGCAGCUCGAAUGGGAAAAAUCUGCCACAUCAGGCAAUGCGCCUUUUGAUUUGCCUCUUGUUCAGAUCGAUGCACCAUGACUUGGGUGAAGAAGUGCGAAAAUGAGUUAAUGAUUGGAUCGGUGCCAAACCAAUAUCGUUUUUUCGAUGCCGUAUGCACAUGUUGAACACAGAAAGAUGAGGAAAAUGUUCUAGCAAAUGAUGGAAAACAUAUUGAUUACUGUAUAUAUUGUAUGAAAUAAAGA